AUGUCAGGUGGGGUUGGUCCAAGCGGCGACAUAAAAUUACCCAGAGAAGAAGAAGAAACUUACAAGCCUUUGGUGAAGGACGGCCGCGGCGAUGGCACUCAAAAGCCGCAACAAAGCAGGGCUUUAUUCACGUUUCAACAGCUAAAUGCUCUGGCCGUCAUUGUUGUCCUCUCAAGUAGUGGAAUGGUUAGCAUUGAAGACUUCGCUUUUGUGGUCUUUUCUUUAAUCUACAUGUACUUCAUGUCCAGAGUUGCUUUUCCUUCCCUUUCCCCCCACGCCGAUCCCCCUGUUUUUGGCCAAAAAAACAGGGUCUUGACCCUGUAUGUGUUCAUCGGAGCUUUGGUCGGAUUGCUUCUUCCGAUUGCUUAUAUAUUUGAAGGGAUCUUUGAGGGAGAUAAAGAAGGUAUCAAGGCAGCCGCACCCCAUGUUUUCCUUCUUGCUAGCCAGGUUUUCAUGGAAGGGGUGUCUUUUAGUGGCCGGUUUUCGCUACCCAUUAGGGUGUUUGUGCCGGUUUUCUUCAAUUCGAGAAGGAUCUUCACCAUUGUGGAGUGGUUGAGGAGUGAGAUUUACAAGGCGGAUAUGGAAUAUGGUGGCAAUAUCAGGAGGCUUCAUGUUGGAAGAGCUCUUGCUGUUGCUAAUAUGGCCUUUUGGUGCUUCAACUUGUUUGGGUUCUUGUUGCCUUUCUAUCUGCCCAAGGCCUUCAAGCUCUAUUAUUCUUCUUCUGGGAACAAGGCUAACGACCAAAAAAGCAAUUGA